AUGGAAAUGGAAAUGGAAAUUGAAAUGCAAGAAGACCCGGACCUCGACCUCGACCUCGACCUCGCCAAGCACACCAUCUCCCAAUUCAAAGCAGAGAUCCUCGCAAAGCUGAGGCAGACGACAGAGGCAAUGAAGCGCAUGGCCGACGCAGCCGCUCUUGCGGGUGAUACCGAGGACGCCAGCCAGAAUAGACGGGCGCUUCUUGCGGACGCAACUACAGGAAUCCUUGGGCUGAUGGAAUCGCUCGAGGAAGCGGAGAAAAUGCGAGAGGCUCAAAAGGUUAUGACGCGAGACGGUCCCUCCGACGACGAGGACGAGCUGAUGGGGAAAAUCAUGCUGCUCAAGCCGGCCUUAACCCGGAUGAUGAUGGGCGAAAAGGUUGAUGAGGAGUUGCAUUUUUGUCACGAGGUGGUCACGGAACUGAAAGACCAGCAGCCGGCGGAUCCUGAAGAGGUCUGGGAGCCCCAAGAAGCUCGAGAACUUCUAAGCCAAGAGGAAAUGGAUGACGCGGGCGAUGAGGUAGGGACGAAGCGAGGAUACAAGGACGAGGAAAGCCAGGAUGAAGCGAAGAAGAGAAAAUUGGAUUAG